CCCUUUUUAUGUAUAAAUCAAUCAGCUAUCAAAAGGUUUCUCUCCUUUUUUUUCUCAGCUGUUGAAAUCAAAUCAGGAAAUUGCAGAAAAGCAUCAAAGUAUAUAAAAAGGGGGAUUUUAGGGGCUUUGUGGAUCAGAAAAUGGAUUUCGUUAAAUUAUAUUAUCAAAUUUGCUUCCUUGUUUGUCCUUUUCCCCAACUGGUUGAGAGUUAAAUUAUCCGAAUUGGUGACACUUUAGGGUUUUGAUCGGGGGGAUUGAUGAGCACUAUGAAUCUGGCGGUGGUUCUGGUGGCGGUGGCGGUGGUUCUGUUCGGCCGAUUUUUCAUCACCAAGGCCAAUGUGGUGCUGAUGGGGAACAACGUCACUCUCUCUUUCGACGACAAGGAAGCUACUUUUGCUCCGGAGGUUAAGGGUUCCGGGGAAUGCGGAGUAUUGUAUUUGGCAGAGCCUCCUGAUGCGUGCUCGGCAUUGACUAAUCAAGUCCAACAAGGCACGAAUUAUAGCUCCCCCUUCGUUUUGAUCGUAAGAGGAGGGUGUAGUUUUGAGGAUAAAGUUAGAAGAGCACAAAAGGCCGGCUUCAAAGCUGCAAUUAUCUACGACAAUGAAGAUAGCAACAUCUUGGUUUCAAAAACUGUAAUUCCCUUUUGUGUGGAAAAUACAGUGGCAGGAAGCUCAGCUGGUAUAAAAAUAUACGCCGUGUUCGUUUCGAAAACUUCUGGUGAACUACUAAAGAAGUACACUGGACUUACUAACAUGGAGCUGUGGCUAAUUGCAAGCUUUGAGAAUACAGCAUGGUCAAUCAUGGCAAUCUCUUUCAUUUCAUUGCUUGCCAUGUCUGCAGUGCUGGCUACUUGUUUUUUCGUUCGCAGGCAUCGAAUAAGACGAGAGAGGCCUCAAGCUUCUCGUGUCCAAGAAUUUCAUGGGAUGAGCAAACGCUUAGUAAAAGCAAUGCCAAGUUUGAAAUUUACCACUGUUUUAGAGGACAACUGCACAUCAAGCACAUGUGCUAUAUGUCUUGAGGACUAUAACUUUGGAGAAAAACUCAGGAUUCUGCCAUGUCGCCAUAAGUUUCAUGCUCUCUGUGUGGAUUCUUGGCUUACUUCAUGGAGAACCUUUUGUCCAGUUUGCAAGCGUGAUGCAAGAGCUAACACGGGUGAACUACCCGCUUCAGAAUCCACACCAUUGCUUUCGUCCGGCCCAUCCUCCAUGGCAUCUUCCGUACUUUCAUCUAUGAGAUCAUCAAUAGCAUCAUCUUCAGCAAUACAGAUAGGACCAUCAUUGUCACGGAACCCUUCAUUGUCUCAUUCUCACUCUUACGCUAGCACAGGUCACAUUCAGCAGUCUCUUAGGUCCUCCUAUCGCCAGUCCCCUUCUAUUAGUGCAAGCAGAAGUUCAAUGGACCUCCGAAAUGCCUCGUCUCAAAGGUCCCAUGUUUCCUAUUUUGUUUCACCCCAUUCCUUGGGUUACCCAACCUUAUUACCCCCGAAUUCAAGAUACAUGUCUGUUGGACACAUUCCAAGCCCUAGCAAUGCAUCACCAAGCUACAUGAGCUCUUCCAAUCAUCGACCGCAUCCACUACAUUGUAGUGAAUCAGCUGCAACGUUUUCUCCUUUUUCUUCUGCUCAAUCUCUUCCUGAAUGCUGAUCAAGACUUAUGAAAUAGCUCGAGAGGGAGGUGAACCAAGAUGCUUUUCUCCACUCUGACCUCACCUUGUUGCAGUAUCGUGAUUGAGGUCUAUGAUGUGAAUGCUUGCUGUAUGCUAGAAUUCACACCUGAAAUGUUUCUUGUUACCACCUCACAUGUAUAUUAAACUAUGUAUAUAGUUUUAAUUUGCAAGAUGUGUUUAUGGUUCAGGAUCA